AUGGCGGCGCUGCUCCUUGGUUGGUAUGCCUGUAUCGAUGAAAUCGAUGGAGCCGAGAUGAACAAGCGAACAUCAAGUCAUCAACACAGGAGAAGCGAAGCAGCAGUGGUAGAAGAAUCCAUGGCAACCCAAGACAGCAGCAGAAUGGGAUGGCAACCCAAGACAGAGUUAGCCUUUGGGGGCAGGUACCGAAGUGUUGGUACGCAGCGUGCGGUUACGGCAGCGCGGAUAGCGAGCGUAUGGCCACCCACUUCGUCCUCAACACCGGCGCGAAAAUCCCCCGGGCUCGGCACCUGGCAGGCCGACAAUGGACUCGUUGGCGACGCCGUCUAUGCCGCCGUGAAGGCAGGUUACAGGCACAUUGACUGUGCUCAAGCAUACAACAACGAAAAAGAGGUCGGGGUUGGUCUCAAGAAAGUGCUGGACGAGGGCAUAGUCAAGCGUGAAAAUCUCUUCAUCACCUCCAAGCUCUGGAACACCAACCAUGCGCCGGAGGACGUCCCGGUCGCGCUGGAUGGCACACUGAAGGACCUGCAAACUGACUACGUGGAUCUUUACCUCAUGCAUUGGCCGGUGAGAAUGAAGAAAGGCGCCGGCUUCGGUCCGCAGAGCGUUGUUCCGUCAGAUAUCCCCGCGACGUGGGCCGCGAUGGAGAAGCUGUACGACGCCGGCAAGGCGCGCGCCAUCGGUGUCAGCAACUUCUCGAGCAAGAAGCUGGCGGACCUGCUCGCCGUGGCGCGCGUUCCCCGGCCGUCGACCAGGUCGAAUGCCACCCCGUGUGGCAGCAGGGCAAGCUCCGCGCCUUCUGCGACUCCAAUGGGAUACACCUCUCCGUACGCCUACUCGCCGUUGGGGUCGCCAGGCACGAUGAUGGUGAAGGCGGGCGCGGUGCUGGAGCACCCGGUCGUCGUCUCGGCGGCGGAGAAGCUGGGGAAGACGCCUGCGCAGGUGGCGCUGCGCUGGGGCAUCCAGAUGGGGCACAGCGUGCUCCCGAAGAGCACCGACGAGGAGAGGAUCAGGGCGAACAUCGACGUCUACGACUGGCCCAUCCCGGACGACCUGUUCGCCAAGUUCUCGGAGAUCGAGCAGGUCAGGCUGCUGAGAGCUGAGUUUGCAGUUCAUCCUCAGGGCGGCUACAGUACAUUGGAGGAUUUUUGGGAUGGUGAAAUAUGA